CAAGGUUUUAUCACUUAGCGUUUCCCAACUCCAAACUACAAUUAGCGGAGGGUUUUAGAAAACCCAGAACAGAUUAGCUUAAAACGUUGAAGAGUGAAUAAAACGGUGAAGCAGCACCAAACCUUAAACUCUCAACAAUGGCGGACGUCACCGUGGAGAAAACCGAAGAGGAGCUCCGCAAAGAGCUCGAAGCUCUGCAACGCCAACAUCGCGAGAUUUCAGAGCGUAUUAAGGAUCCAAGAGGACUUCGUCGGGGAGGAUUUACAGGCAACGCUCCCAGGAAUUUCGGCCCUAAUCCUUCACUUAAACGUGGUUUUGUUCCUGUUGAUAGGUCGAAUUUGAAGGACGAGCCUCCUGCAAAGCGUCGAUUGAGUUCCGCAGUUGUCAAGGUGGAUGAUGAUGGGGAGGCGUCUAAAGGAGAAACCCCAGUCAGUGAAGGGCAAAGUGAGGGUCCUGCUGCUGGUGUUUCUGCUCCGUUGAGCAGGAAUGAUCAGAGGUCUUCAGUUUUACAGGCGAAUCCUGUAUUUUCUAUGAAAACUGGUGGUAUACAAGCAGAAAAUGGAAUUGAUCAUCAAGUGAAGGAGGUUCCACGAGUUUUGCCUAAGGACGAGGAUCCAAGAUUGGUUAAUAGGAAUAGGAGGAUGUUGGGUCGACUUUUGGGGACGCUGGAGAAAUUUAAGAAGGAAGACAUGCAACUAUCAGGGACAGAUGCAUAUAUGCGAAGAUCAAACUCCCUGCAAAGGGCUGAGGAAAAAGCACGUGAAGAAAGUGAUAAGCUGCGACAACAAGAGCGCGAGCGAAUUGCUGAAAACAGGAAGCGCGAUUUGGUACUUAGAGCUCGUGUAGCUGCCAAGUCUGAAGAGAAGAAGCUGGAACUGCUGUUUCUUCAAUGGAGCGAGCACCAUAAGAAGCUUACGAAUUUUUUAAGGACAAAAACCGAGCCACAAAUUUAUUACAUGUUUGCUAAGCCACCAACGGAAGAGGAUGCCGAACUAAGUGGACAAAAGAAAGAGCAGGCAUUUUUGGAAUGGAAGACUGCCAGGAGGGUGGAGCUUUCUGCCUAUCAGAAAGAAAUCAAUGAACAGUAUAUUGCUAAUGUGGAAAAAGAUCUGGAUAGGUGGUUGACUGCAAGAAAAUCAAGAAAUCCAAACAAUGAUGCAAACUUGCAGGAAACCAUGGACAAAGAGUUGGAAACACAUAGGCUAGAACAUGGGCCUAAGGCACGAAAAAUCCCUGGUGCCAACAAUGAAGAUGAAGAAGAGGAGGUUGAAGAUAUAAAUGUUGGUGAGGACGAUAUGCUGGAUGAUGUACUUGGCCUUGAUGAUAACGAGAGAGCUGAUGAACCGACCAAGCAUGAAGAAGAUGAUGGCAGUAUUAGUAUAACAUCUAAUGCUGUUGUGGAGUAAGUGGGAGUUGGAGGUUGAAGCUGAUUUUUGUUUGGUUUCUUGAGGGAUCAGCUUUCUUUGUUAUCAGUUGGUUUAUUUUAUUUACAGUGUGUUAGAAUUGUGUGUUAGGAUUGUAUUAUUGUAGCCUGUUCACUCUUAGGUAAUUGUUGCAGCUGCGAUGACUUUCGAUAAUGUUAUGCCAUAUGACGAAGAUUUGUUA